AUGUACAUUCUGCCCCUUAUUGCGGCGUAUCUGAGUGUAGUCGGAGCUGCGCCGUUCGAACUCAUUUCGAAGCGCUUGCUCGGUGACCACCAAUGGGUACGCAGUAAGAGCGAUGGCUGCCCAGCCUAUCUUGAAGAUGGCGAAUUCGAUCCUCCAAGCUACAUAACACAGGUUUCGCAGCGCGAGCCUGACAGAGCUUUUGGUCCACAGAGAAGAGGUCUUAUCACACCUAAUGACAUCUCAUCCAUCUUCAAUUUCGAUAUACCGGAGUCGCGUGCCGAUGCCAAUUGUACACUUGAGUUUCUCUUCCCCCGCAGGGACCAGCUUCGCAGUUCCUCUUUUAUCUACGAGGGCGACGGCUCCUUUUUAUUCACGGGAUAUCUGGCCGGUAGCUGUCCUGGCCCCGAGACUACGUUCAAUAACCAACCGACCCCUGGUACUUUUCCUCCAUUUCCGCCUAUCCAUAUGGAACCAGGCUACGCUUGUAAGUGUGACGAUCCCUACCCUUUCAACCGAUUCGAAAAAGAACGGUGA